AUUGCUCAACUCUUGAUAAACCUCAGAAACACAGAAGAUAAUCAUAAACCUCUUCAAAAUCGAACAUAUGUUCCCCCGAAUCAACAUUCACGGCGCCCUGAAUUUGAAAACAAUCUCCCAAUUCCUGCAUCACUGCUCUCAAACAAAGAAUCUCAAACCAAUCCAACAAUUCUACGCGCAUGUAAUCAGAACAGAGCUGUUCUUCGUUUCCCCCAAUCUCCAAUCCGACCUAGCUCUAGCUUACACCUCAUGCAUCGCCAACAACAACAAUCUCACAAUCCUAACCCACUUCCUGAAAUCCCUCAAUCUCAGAAACCCCCUGCCGUUUAAUUCGAUCAUAUCUCACUUCUCUCAGCACGGCUCCGACUGUUUUGCCCUGCACACGUUUCUCUUCAUGCAUCGCAACAGCGUUUAUGUCGAUUCAUACGCUCUAUGCACCUCCUUGAAGUCAGCUUCCUCUUUGAAAAAUGGCGUCUUUGGUGAAUUGAUGCAUUGCUAUGUGGAGAAAUCGGGGUGGCUCGCUAGUGUGUUUGUGGGAAGUGCGUUGGUGGAUUUUUACGCGAAAAUGUGUAGCGUGGGUGAUGCGGCGAAGGUGUUCGACGAAAUUCCUGAGAGGAAUACUGUGUGUGCAAAUGCGCUUUUGUCGGGCUAUGCGGAGGCUAAGAUGUGGGGGGAAGGGAUUGAACUGGUGAGUAGGAUGCCUCUCUUGGGUUUAGAAACAGAUCAUUUCACGUUCUCGGCUGCUCUGCGCGCUUGUAGCGGCUUGUGUGCUGUGGAAUUCGGCAAGGAGGUUCACGCAGGUGUUGUGCGACGCGUUUUUGACGUUGGAGCUGAUGUGUUUCUGCAGAGUUUGUUGAUUGAAAUGUAUGGAAGGUGUGGCCUAGUGGAUAAUGCGAAGAGAGUGUUUAGUAUGGCGGGGUACGAUGUACGGAUGAGGCGAAGAGAUGUUGUUUUAUGGACUUCGAUGCUGGGAGUGUAUGGAAGGACCGGAGAUUAUGCUGAAGUGAUUAGACUGUUUAAGGAUAUGCUAAUGGAAGGGAUACGGCCGGAUGGAGUGGCAUUCUUGACGGUUAUCUCUGCUUGCAGCCACACCGGGCAAGUGGAUCUUGGCGUGGAGUAUUUCGAGUCCAUGACUAGUGACUAUGGGUUGAGUGCGAGCCGAGAGCAUUAUAGUUGUCUCGUUGACUUGCUUUGUCGGGCAGGGGAGUUGGAGAGGGCUUGGGGAAUAGUUAGUGAGCUGCCACAUGCUGCGGAUUGCGCUAUAUCCAUGUGGGGCGCACUUCUUAGUGCGUGUAACGAGUGUGGAAAUGUCGGUUUGGGGAAGUUGGCUGCUCAGAAAGCUCUUGAAGUGGAGCCUAAUAAUGUUGGAAUUUACGUUCUGCUGUCUAAUAUGUAUGCCAGGAAUGGUAUGUGGGAUGAGAUUGAACAGUUGAGAGAGGUUAUGAAGCGAAGAGGUUUGAAGAAGGAUAUUGCUUGGAGUUCGAUAGAUAGAUAGAUUAUGUUCUGUACCACUUAAAUCAUACGAGGUCCAAAGUUGAUGGCGUUUCUGAUUUACAGAGCCGGAGCCGGUUGCAAUUUGAGAUUGAGGGAGAAUAGAUUGAAAUGAACAGAUAUAACAAGAUCAGAAGAGUACGAAUCCUUGCAUAUUGAAAAAGGAAAAAGACCGUAUUCCCCUUAAAGUAACAUGCACGUCAAUCCAUCGGAGGUGUGAUCCAAACAUUGCUGUUUGAUACAUGCUGGCACAUGCUCAAGUUUCUUAACUGAUCGUCCGGCUGUCAGCGUACUACUCGGUUCCAGUCCCUAACAUACCAGGUCUUAUGUCCUGCAACUUGCUGAGCUGUUUCCCGGCCCCUCCUAAACCGACCCUUUUUCAGCUUGAUGUUGCCAAGUCCGAUACGCAUAUCUAUGAUGUCACUCCAAUACCCGACUCGUUCGCGGACGUACCCAAUCGAGGCUCAUGGCUUCCUGAAAGGGAGGGAGGGUCAAGACUGAUCCGGAGAUUAAUUAAGUACUGAGCCGAGCCCAUCAAAUCUAACAAAGUAAACGCCCCCGUCACAUGGUUAAAAACGGUUGUGAAGAUGAUAAUGCAUAGGGUGUCGCUGUCGAAUGUUCGUACUGGCGAAAGGGAGGGGCGAGUACGUAAAACAAAAGGAGAAGACAACAAUGAUGUAGCAACAGAAGCUAGGGCAAUGAAGAAGAUGGAUGGGGCGAGUGCGAGUGGUGGAGGUUUGAAGUGGGCUUUCUUUCCUGUUGGCUUCAGAUUUUCAGUUGAGGACCACAUGGGAAAAGAUGGGACUGCCCCAUUUCUGUCCCAACAUCCUACUUUGCAUUUCCUGAAUCAUUUUAUUUUCGUCGCGAAAUUUACUUAACGUUGCACCCUAUGUAUUGACUGCGCUACGAGGACAUGGGUAAAAAUUAUGAUGGUCCACCAUGUUGUCCCAACGUCCUACUUUGCAUCUCCUUCGUGUAUAUUGAUUACGCUACGUGGACAAGCUAACCCUUGCUUUUUUGUAAAGGAUCGAUCAAUAAUAGUUCUUCAUUUAUCA